AUGCCGCUGGACACAUCAAAAAUCGAAACCCUAACUCCAUCUCAAUUCAUCACUUUCACAAUUCCAAACUCUAUUCCUAACCCUGUUAAACACUACUGCUAUCUCCGCAGUCCACUGCUUCGCGUCGCCCUCCUCGAUUCUCCAAAAGUCACCUCCAAUGGUGAUGCCCCAUUAAUCGCCGCCAUGAUCGUACCGGGCCACCGGGAAUCAGACUGGAUCUUCUGUACAGAAUCCGGACAUUUUCAACUCCUACUCAACUUCUCCAACGUCUCCCGCCUCAUCCUUAUCGGUAAUAAUCCCCAACCUAAUUCAGGAGCCUCCAUUUAUAUUCGCCCUCCCGUUACUGAUACCCUCGAUACGGAGAAACUAGAAGACGAUUUGAAACCAUUCGUAAUCGCUUUGCAUCCCACAGAGUGUUUUCAAGAUGGUUUGCCCGAACCCGUAUUCUUGACUUAUGAAGAUGAUAUAAUGUAUCGUGCGACUAUAUAUCGAUACGUGGGUCCUGUUGUUGGUGAAUUUCUUAUUGAAGAUGUUGAAGUGGAAAGUAAAGAUGAUACCAAUAAAGUUUUCAGAAGGAGGUUGAGGUUUAAAAGAACGCCUAAUUUGAUACAAUCGGAGAUCCCUCUUGUUCCGACUAUCAGUAAUGCCAUGGGUGAUUUGGGGUUAGAUUUGCCAAGUUUGAGGAAAAUGAAUGAAGUGGAGUUUAGGGUUGAUACAGAUGUUUUGGUUCAGCCAUACUUAACUGCUAUGGUUUCUGGUCUUUUCUUGAUUGUUUCCCUUCUUGAUCAGCGGAUCAAACAAGGGUUUAUUCCAAGAGCUUUAUGUUUAGGGGUUGGAGGUGGUGCUUUGUUAAGUUUCUUGAACACCCGAUUGAAGUUUAAAGUUGUUGGAGUGGAGUCCGAUGAGGUUGUUUUGAGCAUUGCAAGGCAGUAUUUUGGGUUAAACAGUGGGAAUUCUAUUCGACUAUUUGUUGGAGAAGCUAUUGGAUAUAUUGCAAAGAUUGCCCGCCGACAAAGAGAAAGGAGCACACGUGCUUCGCAGGCUAAUACUGAUUGGUUGGAUGAUAAAUAUGAUGUACUCAUGGUGGAUUUGGAUUCAAGUGAUGCUAGAGCUGGUACUCCUCCAGCAGAAAUUAUUAAGAAGGCGAUUUUUCAGGCGGUUAGAUUAGUUCUUCAUGAUCAUGGUGUUUUUGUGAUCAAUGUAAUCCCUUCUGAUGACCUGUUCUAUAUGACACUGAUACAAAAACUUCAGGAUGUUUUUCACAAGGUCUACGAGAUAAAAGUUGGGACCAAGAAUGAUUCCGUACUUGUGGCCACCAUGUCAUCAGUACCUAAUGACCAUGACAAUGAUUUGUCGAUAAAGCUGAGAUGUACGAUUUCAGGAGCAUAUGUGGACUCUAUAACGGAAUUGUGA